AUGUCGGCCCGGCAGUGCUCGGGGGUGUCGGGGCUCGGCGGGGGAGCCGUCUCCCCGGGGCCCGUGUCGGCGGAGAGCCCGGGGACCGGCGCGUCGGCGGGGGAGCGCAACCGGGAGCUGUUCGAGGCCUGCCGGAGCGGCGACGUGGAGCGGGCGAGGAAGCUGGUGACCCCGGAGAACGUGAACAGCCGGGACACGGCGGGGCGGAAAUCCACCCCGCUGCACUUCGCCGCAGGUUUUGGUCGUCGGGAUGUCGUGGACUUCCUGCUACAGAACGGAGCCAACGUCCACGCCAGAGAUGACGGGGGUUUGAUCUCCCUCCACAACGCCUGCUCCUUCGGACACGCCGAGGUGGUGAACCUUUUGCUGCAUCACGGGGCUGACGCCAACUCCAGAGACAACUGGAACUACACGCCGCUCCAUGAGGCUGCUAUCAAGGGCAAGAUAGACGUCUGCAUAGUCUUGCUUCAGCAUGGUGCAGAGCCAACCAUCCGAAACACAGAUGGCAGAACCGCUUUGGACCUAGCCGAACCAUCAGCUAAGGCAGUACUGAUUGGGGAAUACAGAAAAGAAGAGCUGUUGGAAAGUGCAAGAAGCGGUAAUGAAGAGAAGCUGAUGGCUUUGCUGACCCCGCUCAACGUCAACUGCCACGCCAGCGAUGGAAGAAAGUCGACGCCCCUACACCUGGCUGCGGGUUACAACCGCGUGAAGGCGGUCCAGCUACUGCUGCAGCACGGGGCUGAUGUCCACGCCAAGGACAAGGGGGAUCUGGUACCACUUCACAACGCUUGCUCGUAUGGACAUUAUGAAGUUACUGAACUGCUGGUUAAGCACGGAGCCUGUGUGAACGCCAUGGACCUGUGGCAGUUUACUCCUCUGCAUGAAGCCGCUUCCAAGAACCGCGUUGAGGUGUGCUCUCUGCUGCUGAGCUACGGCGCUGACCCCACCUUCCUCAACUGCCACAACAAAAGUUCCAUCGACCUGGCUCCCACUGCGCAGCUCAAAGAAAGACUGGCAUAUGAGUUCAGAGGUCACGCCCUGCUCCAGGCAACAAGGGAAGCUGACUUGGCGCGAGUGAAAAAACACUUGACCCUGGAGACGAUCAACUUCAAGCAUCCCCAAACUAACGAGACCGCACUGCACUGUGCGUCCACCUCUCCCUACCCUAAGAGGAAACAGGUUUGUGAGCUACUGCUGAGGAAAGGGGCCAACGUCAAUGAAAAGACUAAAGACAUGCUGACCCCUCUCCACCUGGCCUCAGAGAAGUCCCAUAAUGACGUCAUUGAAGUGCUGGUUAAACAUGAUGCCAAGGUGAACGCCGUAGAUAACCUGGGCCAGACGGCGUUACACUGCGCAGCCCACUGUGGUCACCUCCAGACCUGCCGGCUGCUGCUCAACUCCGGCUGUGACCCCCUCCUCAUGUCCCUACAGGGAUUCUCCCCCUCACAGCUGGGCAAUGAGAGUGUCCAGGAGAUACUGCAAGAGGGGGUCAUGAUUGGGAAUUCCGAUAUGGACCGACAGCUGCUGGAGGCCUCCAAGUCCGGCGAUCUGGAGACUGUCAAGAAGCUGUGCACACUUCAAAACGUGAACUGCAGGGAUGUGGAGGGCCGUCAGUCCACACCGCUGCACUUCGCCGCCGGCUACAACCGGCUGGCAGUGGUGGAGUACCUGCUGCAGCACGGGGCCGACGUGCACGCCAAAGACAAAGGUGGUCUGGUGCCCCUCCAUAACGCCUGUUCCUAUGGUCACUAUGAGGUGGCCGAGCUCCUCGUGCUCCACGGUGCCGUGGUCAAUGUGGCAGACCUGUGGAAGUUCACACCCCUCCACGAGGCCGCCGCCAAGGGCAAAUACGAGAUUUGUAAACUGCUACUGCAGCACGGUGCCGACCCGAUGAGGAAGAACCGUGACGGCAACACCCCUCUGGACCUGGUGAAGGACGCAGACACGGAUAUUCAGGACCUGCUGAGAGGCGACGCCGCCCUGCUGGACGCCGCCAAAAAAGGCUGCCUGGCCCGCGUCAAAAAGCUCUGCAGCCCCCAGAACGUCAACUGCAGAGACACACAGGGGAGGCACUCCACUCCCUUACAUCUAGCUGCUGGUUACAACAACCUGGAGGUGGCUGAGUACCUAUUGCAACAUGGAGCAGAGGUCAACUCCCAGGAUAAAGGCGGGCUGAUCCCCCUUCACAACGCCGCCUCAUACGGGCACGUGGACGUGGCGGCUCUUCUCAUCAAGUACGACGCCUGUGUCAACGCCACGGACAAGUGGGCGUUCACGCCGCUCCACGAGGCCGCCCAGAAGGGCCGCACGCAGCUCUGUGCUCUCCUUCUGGCUCACGGAGCCGACCCUUCCCUUCGCAACCAGGAAGGACAGUCGCCGCUGGACCUGGUCACGGCUGACGAUGUCCGGGCCCUGCUGACGGCAGCCAUGCCCCCCUAUGCCCUACCGGGGUGCUACAAGCCCCAGGUUAUCAGCGUGGCAGCCCCGGCCCCAGGGGGCCCUCCCGUCGCUGUAGUUUCCCCUCUCCUCUCUGCCUCAUCUUCGUCUUCCUCCUCCUCCUCCUCUUCCAACACCUCCUCUUCGAGCCCCAUACCGCCCCUUCUGCCUUCCUCCUCUGCACCAGAGAGCGCCGGUACUCUGGAUGCCACCGCAGCGCCUUCAGCCAGCGUCAACCCCGUCCCUGCCGACGGUUCUGGCUCAUCUUCUUCCUCAUCCUCAUCGGCAUCGGCAGCAUCGGCAGCAGCAGCAUUUCCGGAAAUGUCCGCCCUGCUCUUGGGGACCGAGGGGGCGCCGGGCGCCGAGAAGAAAGAGGAAGGGGCGGAGCUCAGUAUCUGUCAGUUCCUCAACAGUCUGGGGCUGGAGCAUCUGCUGGAGAUCUUUGAUAGAGAACAGAUUACCCUGGAUGUGCUAGUGGAGAUGGGACAUAGAGAGCUGAAGGAGAUCGGGAUCAACGCCUACGGCCACAGACACAAGAUCAUCAAAGGAGUGGAGAGGCUCAUUAGCGGGCCGCAGAGUUUAAACCCAUACUUGACGCUGAACACAGCUAACAGUGGGACCAUCCUCAUUGACCUGGCAGCUGACGACAAGGAGUUCCAGUCUGUGGAGGAGGAGAUGCAGAGUACCAUCAGAGAACACAGAGAUGGUGGCCACGCUGGCGGGGUCUUCCACAGAUACAACAUAGUCAAGAUCCAGAAAGUUUGCAACAAGAAGCUUUGGGAGAGGUACACUCACCGCAGGAAGGAGGUGUCGGAGGAGAACCACAACCACUCCAAUGAGCGCAUGCUCUUCCAUGGUUCUCCGUUCGUGAACGCCAUCAUCCACAAGGGGUUCGACGAGCGCCACGCCUACAUCGGGGGGAUGUUCGGUGCAGGGAUUUACUUUGCUGAGAACUCGUCCAAGAGUAACCAGUAUGUUUACGGGAUAGGAGGAGGGACCGGCUGCCCCCUGCACAAAGACCGGUCCUGCUACGUCUGCCAGAGGCACCUGUUGUUCUGCAGAGUGACUCUGGGCAAGUCCUUCCUCCAGUUCAGUGCAAUGAAGAUGGCCCACUCCCCUCCAGGCCACCACUCGGUCACCGGGAGACCCAGCGUAAAUGGCCUGGCCCUGGCUGAGUAUGUCAUCUACAGAGGAGAACAGGCCUACCCCGAGUACCUGAUCACCUACCAGAUCAUGAAACCUGACACGUCCACCGACGGAUGAGCGCCAGAGAGAGAGAGAGAGAGAGAGAGAGAGAGAGAGAGAGAGAGA